CCUCCACGGGGUAUGAAGCGGAGGAAGCAACGAGGGUGAAUCGUGUUGGCUGCCGCUGCAUAUUCUUUCCUUUCCCAAAUUUUAUUCCUCUGGGGCUGCAUAGGAGUUGGGCUCCAUUUCAUCUAUUAGUGUCUCCUCCCCCCCCCCUUUUUUUUUUGACCUGAGAUCAAACAAUUUGAGCGAAUGGACAUUUUGCAGAGAUUGUCUACAUACAUUCAUAGAGAGAGAGGAUGCCAAGAAGAGCAUUCUGGACAACAGAGAAUGAGAAGCAUGCAAAAUAAGCCAUCGUUCAAAAUAUUUUCCAAUUCCUCUGGAAAUCUUCUUCCUCAGUAGAUGAGAGACGAAGGAAAUAAUAACAAGAACAAAGUUUUGAGCUGGAAAAAAUAGAGCACAUGGAACAGAAAAAAAACAUUGAGAAAUCAAGGAAGAUAAUAUUUCAAUAAAGAAAAAAUGAGAAACAACUUGAAGUCAUUAGGAAGAAAUAUUUUUCGCCACCUCAAGAAUCCAAGCAUAUCUGUGUUGGAAAAAGCCCUGCAGACUUCCUAAUGUUGGAAAAACACAAAUUACAGAUCACAUCUGAUUCUGCACAACAGGAUCCAUUCAGUGAAAAGCCAUACAAAAGUUUGGAGUGCGGCAAAAGCUUUUCUCAGGAAACCUUCCCCAUGAUCCAUGGAAGAACCCAUACUGGAGAGAAGCUCUACCAGUGCUCCCAAUGUGGCAAAAGAUUUAGCAUUCAUUCCAACACUGGGGAGAAACUCUUUGAAUGUCCUCUUUGUGGGCAAAGUUUCAGUCAAAAUUCCCACCUGGUGGAACACCAGACACACACAGGUGAGAAACCGUAUAAAUCUCCUGUUUGUGAGAAAAGUUUCAUUCAGAAUUCCCACCUGGUGAUAAACCAGAGGACUUACACAGGUGGAAAACCAUAUCAGUGCCUGGCUUGUGGGAAAAGUUUCCGUUGGAAUUCCCACCUGGUGGAACACCACAGGACACACACAGGAGAGAAACCGUAUAAAUGUAGUGAUUGUGGAAAAGGUUUCAAUCAGAGUUCUAAACUUGUGAUACACCAGAGAACUCACACAGGAGUAAAACCAUUUCAAUGUCCGGAUUGUGGGAAAAGUUUCAGUCAGAAUUCCAACCUGAUGAUACAUCAGAAAAUUCAUACUGGAGAAAAACCGUAUCAGUGUCUGUAUUGUGGGAAAAGUUUCCAGCAGAAUUCUAAGCUUGUGAUACACCAGAGGACUCACACUGGAGAAAAACCAUAUGAGUGUCCAGAUUGUGGGAAAGGUUUCAACUGGAAUUCUGAGUUGGAAGUACACCAGAGGACUCAUACUGGGGAAAAACCAUAUGAGUGUCCAGAUUGUGGGAAAAGUUUCAAGCAGAAUUCUAAGCUUGUGAGGCACCAGAGGACUCACAUGGAAGAAAAACCAUAUGAGUGUCUAGAUUGUGGGAAAAGGUUCAGUCAUAAUUCGGACAUGGUGAUACACCAGAGGACUCACACUGGAGAAAAACCGUAUGAGUGCCCAGAUUGUGGGAAAAGUUUUCAGCAGAAUUCCUAUCUGAUUAAACACCAGAGAAUUCACACAGGAGAGAAACCAUAUAAGUGUCCAGAUUGUGGGAAAGGUUUCAAGUGGAAUUCUGAGUUGCAAAUACACCAGAGAACUCACACAGGGGAGAAACCAUAUGAGUGUCCAGUUUGUGGGAAAGAUUUCAGUAGUAGGUCUAGCCUUAUAAAUCAUGUAAGGUUACACACAGGGGAGAAACCAUUCAAGUGUCCAGAUUGUGGGAAGUGUUUCACACAAAAUUCCUCUCUUAUCGCACACAAGAAAUCCCAUAUGAAGCAAAAUUUGAUGUGUGUAGAGGUAUCUUGAAUUUCAUUUCUGUUCUCUCUUUUGAAGGCCAGUUCAGAAAUUAACCAUUUAAUUUUUUGCCUUAUUCUUUUUAGUCAAACAUGUCUUGGUGUCAAAACAUGAGGGAGGAGAUCUGAGCUUCCUUCCUCUAGAGUUGUGUGGUUGUUCCUUUUCACAGCCUUGCGGGGAAUUGCCAUGCUGGACCACAGAAAAGGCUCUUAGAUCUUUAUUAGGUAUGUUUGUCACCUUGAGUUAUUUCUACAACUAAUUAAGGUGGGAUAUAGAUAUGUAUGCCCAACGCAAUGUGACUCCAGAUGGCUUACAGCAAUAAAAUACAGAAACCAAUCAACCCCAUAGAUAGCAAAUAGCAAAAAGCCUUGAGAUUUGACAUACUCCCACACCAUUGCAUUCCCCAUCAGAUUGAAAAGGGCCCAGGUGUCUUCCUCCUGCAGGGCUCUUUCUCCGGGUGGCAAAGUCAGCUGCAAGCAGAAGGUGAGUUGUAAUCCCAAACUGCCAACCUUUCAUUGCCCUCUUCAGCUGCAAUUAGAAACGAUAUGAAUCUGCAGCAAUUUCUCAAAUUCCUCUGCCAGGAAAACCUCUCAUGAUUUUAUUAUGCAUAGAAAACUGCUGAAGGUAUAAAGCCUGCCAGUAUGGCAACUGUCCAGUAAGACUUCUGCCAUGAAAAGAAUAUGGGUGGUUCUCGGGUUGCAACAGCAAUUAGUAUUAGUGCUGUCAACCCUGAAGCCAUUUUGGAAAAUCUUCAGGGCUGCUGCAGCAAGGCUGAUUGGAGCUGUGGGAAUGGGAGGUGGGAGUAGGGAUAGCUGGGGAUCUGUAGCAAAAAUAAAGUUCAUUCUCCUGGGAACCAAGGACAUUCUCACCAGGGUCUGAGGAGAGAUGGAUUGAAACCAGCUGGGAUUGUGACCUGGUUGGACCAUGUGAUGGACAUGUGGACUGGGGAGAAGAACUUUGAUUUUUAAUUUGGGUGGGGAAAACCUCGGGACCUUUAGAGUCAGGUUUUCAUCAGAUGUGCCAAUAUGACAUGCCAUUAAAUCUGGAUUUUGGAGGGCGGAGUUUGCCAAAAUGGACGAAGGACGCUGAAUUUCUGCCUCCUUUCAGGCCAUUGCACAGAAUGGAUUAAAAAUAUAUAACAACCAUCUAAAGAUUAUGAAAUCUAAUAGAUUAUGAAACGUGAGAAUAUUAUGAAACAUGAGUUAUUUUCCUUUUCUCUUGAUGAUUGGACUGUAUUUGACUUGGAAUUGGACAUUUUUCAGAGGACUUUUAGCUCCGACUUAAUUUAAGAGUCUUGAGAGGCCUUUGAAGGAGGAAGAGGAAGGGCCCUAUGAUUGAAGACUGAGAAAGAACUUGGAAAGAGUUUAAAGGAGUACAGCUGAGAAGAUAAUAGCUGAUUUAUGAGUGUAUAGUGUGAAGGCCCUUUACUCCCUUUCAGUUGAAUUGUCGAGGCCUGGAGAAGGUGGAAGAACUAAAUACUUUUAAGACAGAGCCUUGAUAAGAUAUAUGUAAUAAAGUUAACUUGCCAUUGGAUUUAUUUAGUUGUAUUAAGUUGCAUUUAUGGAGAUAAGUUGAUAAGGAGGAAGACAGUGACGUUUAUGGACUAUAGACUGUAAAACUUAAAAGGUCAAGAGGUGUUUUUGGAUGGUCAGAUGUGAAAACGCAGCAAAAGUGGGGAAAGUGGCAAAGACCCAAAGUAGGCCUUAGACCUUCAGAGUUAUGUCUGAUUCGAGUGGAAAAAGCCUUAGAAAUGAAAGCGAGGAAAAAAUCACCUGAGAAAUCACUUACUCAAUCAGAUAAAUUUGAUGUUCUCUUACAAGAGUUAAGAGAAAUGAAGAAAAACAUGAGGAUUUGAAGGAAAUAAAUGAUAAAAUGGAUAGUAUGGAUGUGAGAAUAAUACAUUUGGUGAAAGAAAGUCAGGAUUUGAUUCAAAAUAUUACAGAAGUGAGAACACGAUAGGGUGUUAAAAAGCCAGAUGAGUAUGAUGCAUCAGGUGGAAAAGGAUUUGAUCAAGAUACGGGACCGUCAGUGCCACUCAAAUUUAUGGAUGCGUGGAUAUCCAAAGAAAAGUGAAGAAAACGAAGCAAAGUUGAUCCAAGAAAUAUUGGACUGGGCUACCUUGAUCCUCCCAGAUGUCCCCUUUACAAGAUACAAUAUUGAUGUAAUACAUAGAGUUGGCCCAAAAGGGUUGGGUAGAAAAUUGCUGAGAGACAUUGUGAUAAGAUUCUGUUCUUAUGCAAAAACAGAGCAAUUGUUGCGUAAAUUGCAAAAUAUGGCAUUGAUAAUGUUUGGGGGUCAUCAGAUACAAGUUUUUCCAGAUUUAAGUAGUGAGACUUUACAAUGGAGGAGAGAGAUGCAUCAAGUUUGUCAAUUACUGAAGAAAAAUAAUAUCAAUUGCAGCUGGGGUUAACCAGUUUUUUGAGAUUUCCAUAUGGUGGAAGAUUUCAUAAAGUUGAAACAAAGGAGGAGGUGAUGGAGAAAUUAAGGGAGCUCGGAAACAUCAAUAAAGAAGAGUUCAUGGAGUAAAUCCAGAAAAUGAAUGAGAUGUCGAAAUUCUCAAGAAGGGAGAUGGAGAAGAAGAAAGAAGAUCUACGGGAGAAAGGGAGGCUGGAUGAAGCAACAGGAGUUACAAGUUCGCUGUAGAGAUAGUAUAUAAAUAUUUGUAAUAGUUAUAUUAAGGGAUAUGUGUUACAAUAUAUGUGUGGGUGUUGAAAUAAGGUAAAGAUGAUUAAGGGAGGUGAAGUGGGCGACCAAAGUCCAUGUAUGGAUGGCUCCUUCUCUCCCCAGAUGACCUUAUGCAGUGGAGAGGAGGAAGAUCUCCUGAAGAAGGGAAGGGGGAUAUUAUAUAUGUUUAUGGGUGGAUAAGAGGUUAUUUACAUUUUGGGGUAAUAUGUAUACUGUGUAGUUUUAGUUUUGUAAGAUUUAUGUUAGAGCACACAUGGAGACCAAAGGGAAUAUGUAAUAUGAGGAAUAGAUGGGGAAAUAGUUGAAGGUAGCUACAUGGAAUGUACAUGGCUUGAGGGAAAAAUAUAAACGAGCAAGAAUUGAAAAAUCAAUUAACAGAGAAAAUAGAUACUGUAUUUUUACAAGAGAAACAUCAAAAGAAAGAAGGGGUGAAUGAACUUAAGUUAUACUGGGCUAAUGUAUAUGAAAAGGCAUUUGGUACAUCAAAAGCAAGAGGGAUAGCAAUAAUUGUAGCUAAAAGAUGGGAAUUUAUGAUAAAAACCAUAAAAUGGGAAGAUUUCUUAUAAUUCAAGGCUUGAUUUAUGGACAAGAGGUUACCUUAGCUAAUUUGUAUGCACCUAAUAUAAAUCAAAGAGAGUUUUAUAAUAGGGUAUAUAAAGAAAUAGAAGAAGUCAAAGGUUAUGUGAUAAUGGCAGGUGAUUAUAAUAUGGAUAUGGAUAGCAGAAAGGACAAAUCCAAUCCAUCAAAAGCGGAAAUAAAGUAUAAUAAUACAGAUUUAAGAAAAUUUAUUAAUGGAAAUAAACUGAAAGAUGUUUGGAGAGGAUUACAUGGUAAUCAUAAAAUUUAUAAAUAAAAGACAAAACUUUUACAAGAAUAGAUUAUAUAUUUGUAACACUGGAAAUAUCUAAAAUAAUGAGAGCAGAGAGAAAAAUAAUUAAAAUAUCUGAUCGUGCAAUGGGAACUAUGGAUAUGGAAAUAGAUUGUGAUUAUAAACAGGCGAGUAGAUGGAGAAUGGAUUUGAGGAUUUUAAAAAUGAGAUUUUAGAAAAAAUGGAAAGGGAAUUAAAUAUGGACUAUAAAUUAAGAGGGAGGUAGUAAUACAGGUGUAAUGUGGAAUGCAAUGAAAGCAGUAGCGUGAGGCUUAGGGAUAAAAUACUCAAUAUAAAAAAAGAGAAAUAUAUAAAAUGGUUGGAGGAGGAAAUUAGGGAAUUAGUAUAUAUAGUCUAUAUAUAAAUAUGUGUAAAUAUAUAAAUAUAUAUAUAUAGAGAGAAAGUAAAUAUAUAGAAUAGUGGGACGCGGUGGCUCAGUGAGUAAGACUCAGCUUGUCAAUCAGAAAGGUCGGCAGUUUGAUGGUUCGAAUCCCUAGUGCCGCGUAACGGGGUGAGCUCCCAUUACUUGUCCCAGCUUCUGCCAACCUAGCAAUUCGAAAGCAUGUAAAAAUGCAAGUAGAAAAAUAGGGACCACCUUUGGUGGGAAGGUAAUAGCGUUCCAUGCGCCUUUGGCGUUGAGUCAUGCUGACCACAUGACCAUAGAGACAUCUUCGGACAGCACUGGCUCUUUGGGUUUGAAACAGAGAUGAGCACCGCCCUCUAGAGUCAGGAAUGACUAGCACAUAUGUGCGAAGGGAACCUUUACUAUGUAGUAAAAGAAAAGAGUUGCAAAACAUUGAGAUAGAACAGGUUCAAAGAAAUUGAAUAUAUUUAAAUAGGGAAUUUUAUGAAAACAGUAAUAAAAAUUCUAGGAUUCUGACUAGAGCCACACAAACUAAAAAGGCAAAAGGCCUGAUUGGAGUAAUAAAGAAUGAUAAGUGGGAAAGAUGUAAUAUGAUGGGAGAAAAAUUGUUGAUAUUUCAGAAGUUCUUUGAAAAGCUAUAUAAGGGAAAUGACAUACAUGUGAAUGAAAGUCUGGCAUAUAUAGAAUUUAAAUUGUAAAAUUCAAGAAUAUGAUAAAUAAUGGAAUCACAAAUAGAAGAAAAGGAACUAGUGGAAGUUAUUAAUAAAUUGAAACUAGAUAAGGCACCAGGGUUAGAUGGAUUGGGCGUAGAAUACUAUAAAAAUUUUAAAGGGCUAUUGGUUCUGAAGAUCAAGAUAACAUUUAAUAAAAUAAUGGAAGGGGAAAAUAUUCCAUGUUCCUGGAAGCAAUCUUUGAUAAUACUUAAUUUUUUGUUUUGGGUGAUCCCAAUUAAAUUUUCGGAUCGAGAAUUAAAGCAAAUACAGAGGUGCUAGAGGUGUAUUGUAAUGGGAAAAAAACUGUCCUUGUGUCUAGUUCUGGUGUGCAGUGCUCUAUAUAGCGUCAUUUUGAGGGUAGGAAUUGAAACGGUUUAUAUCCAGGAUGUGAGGGGUCUAUAAAUAUUUUCACAGCCCUCUUUUUGACUUGUUCAGUAUACAGGUCCUCAACGGAAGGCAGGUUGGUAGUAAUUGUUUUUUCUGUAGGGAAGAGAUUGUACAUCUUUUAAAUGUUAUAGACAAAUAUAAAGGGAAAAAUAGUCUCCAGGGGGUGGGGGUGCAAAGUAAUAUUCUAUCUGUAUUUGUAUUUUAAAAAUUUAAAAUAAAUCUGGAUUUUGAGGAGCA